UAUCAGUUUAAUUGGGUAAAUAUUCAGGAAAAACCUGGCAAACUGAAUUCAAGUACCCAAAUCAAAAUGGCAGCUCGCAUGUGGAGAAAAAAGAUUAUUCCUGCUUUUAAACAGUGGUGUAAAGUUCGAUCAUAUUCUAAUGAGGUUCGGACAGUAACCAUGAUUCCUGGCGAUGGAAUUGGACCAGAAAUCUCAGAAGCAGUUCAGCAAAUAUUUCAAGCAUCAAAGGUGCCCAUUGAUUGGGAAACAGUUGAUGUCACACCAGUCAAAGGACCCGAUGGUCGAACCAGUAUUCCACCCCAAGCUAUUGAGUCUAUGAAUAGGAACAAAAUAGGCUUGAAAGGACCUCUAGCAACUCCUAUUGGCAAGGGGCACAUGAGUCUUAAUUUAGCAUUGAGGAAAGCAUUUAAUUUGUAUGCAAAUGUUAGGCCUUGCAAAUCAUUAGAGGGCUACAAGACACCCUAUGAAGAUGUCGAUUUGGUGACCAUUAGAGAAAAUACUGAGGGGGAAUAUAGUGGAAUCGAACAUACGAUUGUUGACGGAGUUGUGCAAAGUAUUAAACUUAUUACCGAGCAAGCUUCAAGUAGGGUGGCUGAGUUUGCCUUUGAGUAUGCCAAGGCCAACAAUAGAACCACAGUUACAGCUGUACACAAGGCUAAUAUUAUGAGAAUGUCUGAUGGUUUGUUCCUAAAGUGUUGCCGAGAAACAGCAGAGAAACAUCGCGAUAUUCGUUUCAACGAGAUGUACUUAGAUACAGUUUGUUUAAAUAUGGUGCAAGAUCCCACACAGUUUGAUGUUCUUGUCAUGCCAAAUUUAUAUGGGGAUAUUCUAAGUGAUCUGUGUGCAGGAUUGAUAGGUGGUUUGGGAGUUACUCCAAGUGGAAAUAUUGGUCAAGAUGGAGUAGCAAUAUUUGAAUCUGUACAUGGAACUGCACCGGACAUUGCAGGACAGGAUAAAGCAAACCCAACUGCUUUGCUACUCAGUGCUGUGAUGAUGCUAAGACACAUGGGCCUAGGGGAUCAUGCUAAUAGGAUAGAAGCUGCUGCUUUAGCUGUGAUCAGAGAGGGCCAGUUUCUUACUGGCGAUCUUGGAGGAAAUGCCACUUGUUCUGCAUUUACCAACACAAUCUGUGAAAAGAUUGAAUACAUGGACUAGGAAAGAAAUGUUAUUGCUACAAUAAUAAUUAUUAUACACAUGACAGUAUGCAAAUGAUGACACCAUUGGUGACAUCCAUUAUUGAUGACAUCAUCAGUGACAUCAUUGAUGACAGCUAUGCCACUCUCCAAUGCUUUCUGUGCUUUGUAAUCAUAAUAAACAGACCCACCCAAUAGCUAGUUAUAGUAAUAAUCCUAUAUUGGAAUUCCACCUACUUAUAAAAGUACAAACUCAGGUGUAAUUACAACAAGAUGAAUCCAUUUUAGUACAUAAAUGUGAGCUUAAUUUUGCAAUAUUUUAUUACUUUUCAAAAUAUGAAGUACAGUAAACGCACAAUGUUUGAUACGAUUGUUUAAUACAUAUUUGAUGGCAUAUUCUCAUUCACAUAUUUAAAAAUAAAUUGAACUGUGUUAAUAAAUAGAAUAUAGGAUAGUUUAUAUUAAUUUUAUAUUAACAAAACAAAAAAAAUGAUUUUAACCAAAUAAAUUGUAUCAAUUUUAAGAGAAGUUAUUGUAUCAAGAUGAAACCAAGCAUCUGUUAAUAGCUUCUCUAGAUUAAAGUGUUAAAGUAUGUUCUGGUUUAGAUGUUGGCUAUUAAAGUGGAAUUCUUGAUUGGAAUUAGUUGCAUAGUUGAAAAGAGUUGGUGUUUGUUAUUUACUUGGCUUCCUUUGUCUGAAGCCAGUUUAGUAUAUCAAAUAUUAUUUAUUGUUUAAAACUAUAAUUUGUUAAAUGAAUGAAUUGGUAGGGUUAUCAAUCAGCUCAUUAUAUGAUCAAAAUUUAUAUAAUAUACUGUAUUUACUUUCAUAAAUGUAUAAGUUCUGUUAUGUUCCAUUCACACUAUAUCAAGUUUUACAUACAGAAUACCUGUGACAGUCUCUUAUAUGGGUGUCAUAUGACAUCAUCAUGGCCAUAUAUGGGCAAAUCACUGAUAUGUCACCUUAAAACCUGUUAGUGUGGACAAAGAUUUAGCCUUAAGCUCUGUCCACACUAUCAAAUUUCCUUUGAGAAAAAAACUGUUGUAUGCCCAUAUAUAGUCAUGAUGUGCCUAUAUAUGGUCAUGAUGUGAUGUCAUCAUGACCAUAUUUAGGCAUGUCACAUGUUUUUGUCAAAUAAAAUAUGAUAGUUUGGACAGGGCUUUAAUAUAUGUAUCAAAAUAAUUGCAGAGAGAGCAGUUUAAAUCAGGUAUAUACUACUAAAGGUGAGCACACACUGCUGCAAUGGUUAUUUCCAUGGAGAGCGCCACCAGACCAGAGUCCAAUGUAUUGUUUUUAUCACAUUCAGACUACCACCGACAAUCACCAGAGAGUUUUACAUCUUCAAGCGCUCACGGAGGUUGGUGCAUCGGCCGGUGAUUGUAUGAAUGUUGUACGAAACAUCAGUGUGUGCCCAGCUUUUAGCUCAGUCCACACGAUACAACUUUCUUUGACAAAAAAACUGUUGUAUCCCCCAUAUAUAGUCAUGAUGUUUCUAUAUAUGGUCAAUGAUGUGAUGUCAUCGUGACCAUACCAGGUAUAUCACGCUUUUGUCAAGUAAAAUGUGAUAGUAUGGAAAGAUGUAUGAUCAGACUUUAUUAUUGUGUCUUAUUGAAGGUAUAACAUACUAACAUUUUACUCAACUUGUUGCAUUGUGCACAUAUUAAUUGGAAUGUUCUAUGUGGUGAAUAUUGAAUGUGGUGGUUGAUAGUCAAGUAUAUAAAAGAACAUGCUUCUUGAACCCUUGCCCAUGAUAUUUUUUGUCAUGAAAUUUCAGAAGAAAUAAAAAUAUCCUCGGAAGAAUGUACGAUUUUGUUAUCACUAAAUGCAAUGCAUAAUAGUGAAUUACACUGUAAAAGACUGCCACACGAUUGAACUUUAUUUUUUAAAUAGUGAAAUAUUCGUGAAAUUUACUAUGGAUAUAGUGAUAUUAGGGAGAUUUUUUCAUCCUUACAAAAAGAUAAUAAAUACGUUAUUAUCAUUGUCGUCAUUCAUGCCUAAAUUAUUCUUGUCAAUAUGGUGUACGAGCUUAAUAUGAAUCGCCUAUGUGACAGGGGAAGGAUUGUCUAAAAAUUUGAUGUCGUACCGUACUGUAUUCCUUAUCGUUUUUGUAAGCUUGCGAAAGCUCCCUAUGUCACUCUGAUAUUGAAGUGUUAAUUUUUAAAAAUUGGCAUUCUACCACAAUAUCAUGUAAAAACUGCCAUUUUGUGAAUCCCUCAAUAAAUAUGCAUAAUAUUAACAAAGUUGGUAUUGUGCAAAGUUAUGAACAUAAUAA